AUGCCACGAAACCCGAAAAAGAAAAUGUGCCAAACGUACAAAGUGAUUGUUGUUGGGGAUAGUGAUGUGGGCAAGUCGAGCUUACUGCGUCGGAUGACGAGUUUUGAGCCGCUAUCGCCCGCCGAUAGUGUUCCAAGCGACUACCUGUCCAAGAUGGCAAUCGUCGAGGGCGCUGCUGCUCCCAUGAAGGUGCAGCUGUGGGAUACUGCUGGCCAGGAGAAAUUCGGAGCAGCUCGACUGCCGAGUUCCUACUUCCGCCACACAAACGCUGCGAUCGUAGUCUACGAC